GUCCAUCCAGACACUGCGAUGAUUAGUGGAUCAACAAGGACGCCGCCGAAACUGUUCCAACCCGUCCAAGUAGGGAAUCUGACGCUCAAGCACCACAUCGUCCUCGCACCUUUGACGCGAUUCCGAGCCGAUGAUACACACGUCCAUGGAAAGCUGGCGGUGGAAUAUUACGCCCAGCGUGCCAGCAUGCCCGGUACGCUCUUGAUUACUGAAGGGACAUUCAUCGCUGCAAAAGCUGGAGGUAUGCCUAACGUUCCUGGCAUCUGGAAUGAUGAACAGAUCGCUGCAUGGAAAGAGGUUGUCCAUGCUGUCCAUGCGCGAGGUUGCUACAUUUACCUGCAACUAUGGGCCCUCGGCCGCCGUGCCAAACCUCAAGUGCUUGCGAAAGAAGGCAUCCACGAUUCCUACGUCUCCUCUUCCUCUAUCCCCGAACCGGGCGCGACAGCUUCACCACGUUCCCUUACCAUCUCCGAGAUCAAAGAGUACGUCCAGCUAUACGCGACCGCGGCCUUCAAUGCCGUGCACAAAGCGGGCUUUGACGGCGUCGAGAUCCACGGCGCAGGCGGGUACCUCCCCGAUCAGUUCCUGCAGGACGUAUGCAAUCAGCGCGAGGACGAGUACGGCGGUUCGCUGGAGAACAGGUGCCGCUUUUCACUGGAGGUGGUAAAGGCGGUUGCGGACGCGGUGGGCGAGGCAAAGACGGGGUUCCGGAUCAGCCCGUGGGGGCGCUUUGGAGGUAUGCGAGAGAAAGAUCCGAAGGCGACAUUCAGCUAUUUCCUGCGACGGCUUCGAGAUCUCCACCCGAGCCUGGCGUACCUGCACAUGAUCGAGCCGCGCACGGACGGGCCUAUGACGGUGAAAGACAUGCCCGAAGGCGACUCGAACGACUUUGUACGCGAAAUAUGGGCGCCGCGGCCGAUCGUCAGCGCGGGAGGGUAUACGAAGGAGUCGGCGCUGGAGGCUGCUGAGAAGUACGGAUACCUCGUUGCAUUUGGGAGGUAUUUCAUCGCUAAUCCUGAUCUCCCGCAGCGCAUACUGCAGGAUAUUCCGUGGACGCGGUAUGAUCGAAAGACGUUCUAUAUCCCGAAAACGCCUCGGGGGUAUAUUGACUAUCCUUUCGCGAAACUGUGA